AUGCUUGUCGCUAGACUGAGGUCGGAGGAGUUCGCCAAAAGUGUUACGAAGUUCCAUCAAGAGCUACUACGACUGGUGACCACUGGAGCUAGCCGUAACAUGGGCCCAUCACUAUGGCCUAUAGUGGCCAAUAUAACAGCUAAGCACCAUCAACAGGAGGCCUUACCCGACCAAGUCGUCACAGAGAUCCUGGAUGUUGUUGGGCGGACCCACACCUCUUGGGGUGGGCGGCUAGCCGCCUAUGCUAUCGGCUCCUUCGCUAAACUCUGCCGAUUGAAUCCGAGGCUCAUAAGCAUCCUAGGUCCCCUCCUGGACCACCAUGUAGCCUCCCCUAUGGGCUCUACUUGGACGGAUGUUGAGGGUAUCUGUCUACGUCUAUAUCAUAUUUAUAAGAAGGAUCCUGACGGAGACUCGUUCAUUCAUAUCUUCUUGCCAUCCCUGUGCAAGCGGCUCCGAGCUGCCCUUCAUGGCAAUGGUCCUCUCCCUAUCGCUACCGAGCUGGACGGCAUCCUCAACCUCACAGCCCUACUAGGCCAUCAAGGAGUCGAUACUAGUAUGCUAGUUGUGGAGCUCCUGGAGAGAGUCCAAGCUAAGGGGCAGUCCAUGGCUGUUGUCCAUGCGUGUCUGAGCUUGGCUGAAUCCACGGCUGGCCUCCGGCCGCUCAUCGCGAGGUGCAUACUCGUAUUGGACUAUAAGGACCUGCGGAGGGCCAAGGAGGUGGCGACCCUUCUUAGUCUUCUGAGUUCGACUCCUGAUAGCGAACACUUUCAAGCGGCGAAGCUACAUUUGUUACAGUCUCCUGUAUUACAAGGGCAAGGUGAAGGCUUAUCGGAAAACGGAGUGGCCCUGUUGGCCCGCUCUCUGGCCGGCAUCGGCCAGGCCGAUGGGACCGCAGUCGAACUAGAAAGCGUUGUCUGGAGGCUCGGCACGAGGGUGUUCGGAACGACUCUGAAGGGACUACCUGCUCCUAGCGUUAUAGCGUUCAUGAGGGCAGUCACAUGGUGUACCGAGGAGGGUAACCUCAGCGAUGAUACUGUGCAGUUCUUCGACAACCUAGGCCCUUACCUCCUAGAGAGGCAGUAUCCACCCGAUGCUCCUCCAAGCUGUAGUGACCUGAUCACAGCGGACUUCCUAACCUUGGUCUCGCAUAGACUAAUGAUAUGCGACGCCCAAGGGGACACCACGCCGGGAGUGUUCGAGCUCACCUCGAGUAUAGAGAGUGUGCGGAGGCGACGGCAGCGGCAUGAGGCUCUGCCAAGGCCUAGCAGUGGCGAAGGAGUGACCAUGGACCAGCUAUGUAUCGCUGUGUCCUCUCUGGGGGCGAUGGACGUCGUCAGCCCCGAUUUCGCGCGUUGGGUGACGACGAAGGUUCGGAGGUAUCCUGUAGAUCAGAUCACCACCAGCAACGUGAGGGACAUUAUUGUAGGCCUGUCUAGGACAGGCAAGACGGACGCUGUACUAUUCGAUCUGCUGCUGGGCACCCUUCAACUGGAAUCUGCCUCUGAGGUUGUCCUAGCGGCCGUGGUCAGUGCCCUCCGACAUGUGGGAUACCGGAAGGUUGACUUCAUCAAGUCAGCCGUGUCGGCGACCCGAGACCCGGUGGCGGCAGCCUUGGUCUAUCAUGCAUUAUCCGCCCUGGACCUGGCCAUGGAGGUAGAUAGUGGAGACAUGCCUGGUCUAGACCGGCUCGUUGAGGCCAAGAAUAUCACACCUAUCGCUUUGUCGGGGGCUAUGGAGUACUUUGUGAGGACGCACCUCGGCAGUGAAAGGCCUUCGUUGGAGAGCAUGCGGAAGGGCUUCAUCGCGGCACACCCGACGAGUCCGCUGAUGACUGCUGUGGCUGUAUACCUCCCACACUUGCUACACACUGGCGAUCUGGAGCUUGUGAGGGCUCUGCAUGCCCUAGUCAUGCGAGCGAAACCGGGGUUUGCCAAGAGCCCGCCUACGCCGAAAACGAUAGUCAGUGAGGUCCAGCAUUGUGUGUCUCGGGUUCGCUAUGGACAGGGGGGUCCGGCUGCGGCUACAGACUGUCGACGGGUGUGGAUCACUCGAGAGGCCGGCAUGGAGCUCUACACUGAUGGUGUGGCGUCUGUGACUAUGGGAUGAUCGGGUCACUGACCUCACCA